AUGGGAGACUUUGAUGUGCUCAGCUAUUGCCGUCAGUUACGCAGCCUGAAACCGCCGCCGUACAAAUGUCCGGUGGCCGACUGCGACAAAGUGUAUACGAGCAUGACUGGCUUUCAGUAUCAUCUCGCCCACGUCCAACACACCAGUCCCAUCCCACCAUUGGAUACGGGCACUACACCAGUCAGACAAAUUCCUGCGAUCACGCCAGUAUCGAACAAAGCCAAGAGUAAAAAGAAGAAAGGAAGGCGAGUAACAUUCACAUCCUUCUCGAGAACAUCCCAACCAGAAGUGGUAGAACCAGUGACCCCUGUGCAUCUGUCUAAAACCUUAUGUGAAGUUGAAGUGGCCGACAACAAAGUUGUACGGUUUAAUGCUGAGGACCAUUUACCAAUGAUAUCAAAAGAAGAAUAUGUACGACAAAAAAAAAAUAUAAUAACACCGCACAGAACAACUGCAAUACUUUCCUCCUUAUCAAAAAGUCAAGAAGCAGUGAAAAAUUUACCUCAUGCUGCAUUUAAAGAAGUCGACAGUUAUGAUAUACCUCAUGCUCCAUCUAUGCCCAAUUCAUAUAUAAGGUUUAUUGAAAAAUCUGCUGAAGAGUUAGAUACUGAAGUAGAAUAUGAUAUGGACGAAGAAGACGCUGCUUGGCUACAGAUCAUGAACGAACGUAGAGAAGAAGCAGGCUUAGUAGGCAUAUCAAUUGAGUCUUUUGAGCUACUAAUGGAUCGUUUAGAGAAAGAAUCUUAUUUUCUUGUUCAAAUGAAUAAAGAAGUUGAUAGUAGUUUAGCAGUCAUUGAUGAUGAAGCUGUUUGUUCUAUAUGUUUAGACGGUGAAUGUCAAAAUUCAAAUGUAAUUUUAUUUUGUGAUAUGUGUAACCUUGCUGUCCAUCAAGAUUGUUAUGGAGUUCCAUAUAUACCCGAAGGACAAUGGUUGUGUCGCCGAUGCCUACACUCACCGUCUUGUAUGGUUGAUUGUGUAUUAUGUCCAAAUAAUUGCGGAGCUUUCAAACAAACUGAUCGUGGAUUAUGGGCUCAUGUGGUAUGUGCGUUGUGGAUACCAGAAGUUAGAUUUGCAAAUACUGUAUUUUUAGAACCAAUCGAUAGCAUUGAAACAAUUCCUACUGCCAGAUGGAAGCUAACAUGUUAUAUUUGUAAGCAACGUGGUGUAGGAGCCUGCAUUCAAUGUCAUAAAACAAGUUGCUAUGCAGCAUUUCAUGUUACAUGUGCUCAACAGGCUGGCUUAUAUAUGAAAAUGGAAACUAUAUCUAAUGAUAAUUCUACUAUCGGUGAUGCUGAACCGGGAACAGUCUUGGUUCAAAAAAUUGCAUUUUGUGAUGCACAUGCACCUGUUGAUUAUUUAGCAGAAAACCGGGGACGACAGUCACCAGGAGAAAAAUUAAAUAAUGCUAGGAGGGUUUUAGCUAAAAAACGUUCUGCAGCACCAGUUAUAUCGAUACCAACAAUACCACCAGAAAGAGUUACAGAAAUAGCAAACUUGUUAUCUGUACCCAAAAAAGGUCAGUUUGUCCAACGUUUAAUUGCUUAUUGGACAUUAAAACGACAAUUUAGAAAUGGAGUUCCUCUUUUGCGACGUUUACAAACCAGUCAAACUUCUAAUGUAUCUAGGCGAGAUACAGAACCUAAUGCAUCAAGUGGAAAUGAAGAUGAUCUUAUUGAACUUUAUCGACAAUUAAAAUAUUGGCAAGCCCUUCGCCAAGACUUGGAAAGAGUUCGUUUACUUUGUGAACUUAUACGCAAAAGAGAACGUUUGAAAAAAGAGAACAUCAAAGUACAUGAACUAUAUACAUUAAAGUCUUUGUGGCCAUUCCAUGCUUUCUUGCAUUCAGUACUGCAACAAUUAGUUGUAAAAGAUACUGGUCAAAUAUUUAUUGAACCAGUUGAUCAGAAUGAAGUUCCAGACUAUGGAGAUAUCGUAAAACAUCCAAUGGAUUUACAAACCAUGGAAAUCAAAAUAAAAAAUUCUGAAUACAGUAGCCUUGAAGCAUUUGAGAAUGAUUUCAACUUGAUGGUUUCAAACUGUUUGGCCUAUAAUUCAAAAGAAACUAUUUUUUAUAAGGCUGGCAUAAAAAUGAGAGAUCAAGGUGGAACAGUUUUAAGAACUGCCAAACGAGAUUUAAAGGUUUUGGAUUUGGAUCCUGUUUCGCUGACUUUAGCUGAAAAAAACGCUGAAACUAAUGAAACUGCAGCUUUAAAAAAUGAACACAAAGAUGACAAGAGUACAGAAUUUGAUCGGGAAUUGAAAGAGAUAUGUAAUUCAUCUAAUACUAUGGGUGAUGAUGAACGUAUGUGUAAACUACUACAGUUAGCUGAUAAGUGUCGUAGUGGCCGACAAAAUAAAAGAGCCUCUUUAAUUAAAACAGAAUUAUCCAAACUUAGGGCCAAAAUUGAUAUGGAAGUGAAAAAAUAUGAUGAUGAUGAAGCAAAUAGUGUUGAUGAACCAGAAAAAAUUGAAAUUGAAAGAACAAGUUUGAAAAGAAACGUCAAAAAAAAAAAUGAACAACCAAAUGAAAAUUUUGUUUUUAAAAAACCAGAGACUCCAUCAAAAUCAACAUCUCCAGUCACUACACCUAAAAAUUCUAACCGCAAGAAAUCGUCAACGGAUUCUUUGAUCACGUCUCCUCUUAUUAGACGUACAAGACAAUCAACUAAUCUUGAAAGUUUCAAGUCAUAUAGAUCUAAUAAAAAAACUGAUACAGAGGAUGAUUCUCCAUCGGAUGAAGAGUCGAGCUAUUUAGAUUCUGAUUCUGGUUCAAACAGUAGUAGCAGUAGUGGAAGUGGAUCAUCUGAUGGCAGUAGUUCAUCAGGAAGUUCGUCGGAUUCAGAAUCUGAAAGGGAAUCAAAAAGAAGGGGGAGAAAAGAUGAGUUUGCACAAUUACAAUUGGUUUGGGCUAAAUGUAGAGGCUAUCCCUGGUAUCCUGCAUUGAUAAUUGACCCAAAUAUGCCACCGGGGCACUUACAUAAUGGUAUACCUGUUCCUAGUCCUCCAUCAGAAGUAUUACACUUGGCAAGUAAUUACAAAGAACUUGUGUACUUGGUGUUAUUUUUUGACUCCAAACGCACAUGGCAAUGGUUACCUCGUAAUAAACUGGAGCCACUAGGUGUUACUCAAGAAUUAGAUGACAUUAAGCUAACAGAAUCAAAAAAACCCACAGAUCGUAAAUCUGUCCGUAAGGCAUACAUGGAAGCUCUUGUUUACAAAACUGAUCCAAUGAUACCAUCCUCUAAUUUGAGACGUUCUAGUAGAACAUAAUAUCAUUGUUAAUUAAUAAAAUAUAAGAUAGAUAUUCUUUUUAAUUUAUUGAAUCUGCAUUCUUUUUAUGAUUGUAGUCUCAUUGAUAUUUUUUGUUAUAAUUUUUUAUAAUAGCUGAUACUUAAUUAGUUUUUAUUGAAUCAAACCCA